AAUUCCUUUAGAGUAAAAAUAGAGCAGAAGAAAAUUAUGUCCGGUGAUAUUCAUAGUGGUGUCGAAGAGGUAUUCGUUAAUCCAGAAAAAAGAGAAACUCAUGAAUUUGUGGACAAAAUAAAUGAUGUAGAAAAAAGUGCGUCUACAAAUGUAACGUCCCUUUGCUGCGAAGUUUGCGACAUCAAAGUAACCAGUGCUAAAAUUUUACAAAAGCAUCUCGAGGGUCGCAGGCACCGAUCUAGAGUGGAGAGGGUGGGAAAAACUUUUUAUUGUGACAUUUGCGAGAUCCGGGCCAACAGUGACGUGCAACUGAAAAUCCACCUCACAAGUUCGAAGCAUAGAUCAAGGGUUGCCCGGAAAGAAAACAAGGAAUUUACUGAUCUGUCUUCGAGUCCAGUCGGUAUAUACGUCAUGUUGUUUUGCGCGUUUUGUUUUUUCAUAAAUUUCGUAAUUUUAGUGAAAAUAAAUUAUUAAAAAAUAGUUUUAAAUUAAACGCAUGUUGUAGUCUUUUAUUAUUCCGUAUGUUUGAUAUUGUUAUUUUGUAUUAGUCCAGCGAUGCGACAGUUCAAUAAAUUUUGUGUCUACAUCUACAUGUACUCUAAUGUUUUUGUUGUAUAAAA